GUCAGAUCGGGCAGGCUUUUAAUCGAACACCGACUGAAUGGCUGAGAGAAAAUGACCUCUGGUUUAGCUAGUUUACGUUAACUUUUAAACCAAAUUCUUACUAUCGCUAAGUGAGCGAGGAUUAACUUAUUGGAGGCACCGAGUUAUAUUUAGGUUAAAAAUGCUGAGGGUUCCAUCCGGAAGGCAGAUAAUAUUUGGGCUUCCUGUGUGGAGAUGCAUCCAGCAGAAAACCAGGGCACCUAACUACGCCACAGGAGCCCAGCUGUUUACUUCUCAAACAUCUUCGGGGGUUACACCACUUAAGCCAUCGUUCAGCAGUAGAUGUCGGAGCAUCGGGCCUAUGACCUGGGUGCCGUCGCGUCUGCACUCAGAUUCCUCGGAAAAAGGAGACGGCAGCAGCGGCUUCAGCAUAAGGGCCCUCACACAGGCGCCCAAACCGGCUCUGUACCUUGGAUUCUCUGGCCUCAUCCCGUUUCUCUCCGCCCCGCUGGUCAUGGCCGCCACCCAGUCCUUCUACCCUGAAGUAGCCUAUGCCCAGAUGGUGUACGGAGCCUCUAUAGUUUCCUUCCUCGGAGGCGCCCGCUGGGGUUUCGCCAUCCCUGCUGGGAGCCCCGCCAAGCCAGAUUGGAUGAACUUGGGAAACAGCGUGGUGCCAUCACUCCUGGCUUGGCUGGCGCUGCUCUGCAGGGAGAAUAUUACAGAAGGAACCCUGGUAGUUCUAAUGGGGCUGGGUCUGUCGCUGCAUUACGACCUGACCCUACUGCCAGGCUACCCCAACUGGUUCAGAGCCAUGAGAACUGUCCUCACCCUGGUCGCCACCUUCUCACUUGUUGCCACAUUGGUACUAAAAAAAGUCUGUGCAGAAAGGAAACUCAAAGAGGUGAAGAAAUGAUUUAUAGUUUUGGAAUAAAAACAUUAGAAUUUCCAUUAAAUCUCAAAAUCACACUUUUCUUUGGUCAAUAUUAUUUAAAAACCGAAACCCCGACAUUUAAUUGUAUUUAAACAAAGAAAAACAGAAAUUCUUACCAUGUGUCUACUAAACAUUUCCACUCAGAAUUAUUCUUACAACAAAUGUAAUGGUAAAGGACGUUUUAAGUGCAGAUAAAGACAUUCUCUGUAUCUAUAACAGUUUAAUACAUUUACAGUUUCAGAAAGAUGCGGCCGUGUCACAAACUUUUACGUACAUUUUAUUUUAAAAUUGCCGUAACAAGUUCUUGUAAAAGUAUGCAUUGAACCUGCUGUAUUUUUGGAAUCAAUCAAAACGUAGUGGUGCUGCAUUAUGAAGUGGAAGAAAAACUAUACAUUGGUUAAAAAUGUUUUUUUAUUUUUAAAUAAAUCUGAAAAGUGCGGUGUGCAUU